GCCCAAAACAGCCCGAAUUAGGGCACAAUAAGCUCAUCGAACUCUCUGACUCUCUCAAUCUCUCUCAGCUACAACGCCUACAACAAAGGGGAAAUUUGGUCUCAUACUCUCUCUCUUUCUCUCUCUCUCUCUCUCUCUCUCUCUCAGUUUCUCUUGAAGGAGAGUAAUUUGUUGGGUUGUGCUGCUUUUUGUUUACUAGUCAGCAAAUAUGGCAGAAAUAAGCUUGGGGAUACUCAUAGAUGUUGUGGAUGAGGAGUGGAUGAGAGACACCUUGCCUGAUGAUGAACUUCCAUUGCCACCGGUUAUGGUUGUUCGGACCGAUGAGACUGAGGAGUCAAAUCAGGAGCAUCAACAGGUUGGCAGAGAUGCUUGGCAUGAUCUUGCAUCAGGCACUCAAUAGUCAAUAGAGCUCUUGGGCUUUAGGAGCGCUUUGUAUUCACCUGAAACUAAGUGAUGUUUUCUGUUCAAGUUCUUGGAUCCUUCUUAUUGGGAUUAUUACCUAUUGGAUUUGAAGUUCACUGCGCUCUAUUGUAUGAGAAACCUUUGAAUAUGUCUAUGUAAAAAAUGAUGUGGCAUUUUGUUAUGAGAAGAGUAUUUUGUUAUUAGUCCUUUGAUGGAAGAGCUAUGGCAAGUGUCAAAUUACAGUA